CGUUUGAUGCCGGCACGCCAAACAACAGUUUGAGCUUUUUUUUUUUGUUGUAAUAUAUGUGUAGUUAAAAAAAGUGUUAUAUUUUUUAAAUAUUAACAAAAUUAUUAGUUAAAAUAAUAUAUUAAUAAAUUAUUAAAAGUUAAAAUGGCUAUGGCAACAACUCAGGUUAAAGGAAGUGGAUGGCCUAGACGAGCAAGUAAUAGCUCUUUUGAAGGAAAACCAGUUCCAAAUCAAUCGGUGACAAUUAACAGGACAGUCAACUUAUAUCCUUUGACAAACUAUACAUUUGGAACGAAAGAGCCUCUGUUCGAGAAAGAUCCAUCAGUACCAGCAAGAUUUCAACGUAUGAGGGAUGAAUUUGAUAAAAUUGGAAUGCGAAGAAGUGUCGAAGGUGUACUACUGGUUCAUGAACAUGGUCUUCCUCAUGUUCUUCUCUUACAAUUAGGAACAACAUUUUUCAAAUUACCUGGUGGUGAGCUGAAUGCUGGAGAAGACGAGGUAGAGGGCCUAAAACGGCUCCUUACUGAGACAUUGGGACGACAGGAUGGUGUGAAACAGGAAUGGGUUAUUGAAGAUACAAUUGGUAAUUGGUGGCGUCCAAAUUUUGAACCACCACAGUAUCCAUAUGUACCACCUCACAUAACAAAGCCAAAAGAGCACAAACGCUUAUUUCUUGUUCAAUUACAAGAAAAAGGUACAUCGACUUUGUUCGCUGUCCCCAAGAAUUAUAAGCUCGUUGCAGCUCCACUUUUUGAACUAUAUGAUAAUUCUCAAGGAUAUGGUCCAAUAAUUUCAUCAUUACCACAGUCACUCUGCAGAUUCAAUUUUAUCUAUAUGUGAAGGAAAAAUCGUGAAGAUUGAAAGAUGAUGUUAUGAAUAUUAAAUUAAGUUAACUAUAACGAGCCCAUAACUUGGAAAAAAAAAUACGUAAUAAUAAAUAAAUCAACUCUGCGAACUAUAUUAUAAAAUAAUAAAAACUCAAACUAAAAAAAUUACUAAGUUAAAUUUAUAAAAUCAAUUGUAUGUGUGUAUAUGCUGACGAGUGUGUAGAAAAAAAAUAUUCAGUACUUUGUAAAUUAUAAGUUGCAUUUAAAAAUAUAAAAAAAAAAAGAAUUUUCUAAAUAUA